AUGGCGACGCCGGAGCCGCUUGGAGUCCUGCGCGGCCACGGCGCUCCUGUCAACAGCGUGGGCUUCCUGUCGGCGUCCACCGUCGUGUCUGGCGCUGGCGAUGGAGCCGUGAAGAUUUGGGACUUGAAAACGCGCCGGGAGCUGGCGUCGAACGUCGCGGCGCACUCGAAGGCAGGCGUGCUGCACUCUGCCGCCCUGCGAGGUCUCGCGACGUCGGAGCAAAGGUUCGUCACGCAGGGUCGCGAUGGAUUCGUGAAGCUGUGGGACGCACAGUCUUUCAGCGCGGCAGCGGAGCCCGUUGCCAAGUUCUACUGCGGGUCGUACUCGUUCACCAAGUUCGCGACGCUGCGCUGGCCAGGGGACGAACGCGCAGCUGAGAGCGCAAACUUGAUCGUUUGCCCAAGCAGCGUCGACAACAAGCUCUUGGUCUACGAUAUUCGAGUCGAUGGUUCGUCGCCAGCGUCAACGCUCGUCGUGCCGGACGCUGCCAGCAAGCGAGGGAUGUGCGUGUCGCUCUCCCUUUUCAACAGUAGCGUGGAGCAUAGUGAGGAUGGCACAGGCGGCAAUGUGCAAACGUAUAUCGCCGCCGGCUUCGAAGGUGGACAACUCGCUAUCAUGGACUUGCGAUCCGGUGGCAAAGUGGCUUGUGAGACCACCGUCGCUCAGGGUACAAACGCAUUGCUUGCUUUUGAUGUCACGCGCGACGGUAGAUCGGCCAUCUGCGGGUCUUCGGGCGAAGAGCUCUACGCAGCCAACUUUGAUGUGGCAACGUACACACUUAACUCACGGUCGUUCUUCUCCUGCAGCCACGGGGGAUUCAGCAGCGUGUGUAUUCGAGCAGAUCAACGCAUCGUCGCCACCGGUGGCUGGGACCAUCGCGUGCGUCUGUUCCACUUGCGAAAGCUCAAGCCCCUCGCCGUGCUCAAAUACCACAGCGAGAGUGUCUUCGGACUGGGCUUCGGUGCUGAUAGCGCGCUGCUCACAUCUUGCUCCAAGGACCACAAGAUCGCUCUUUGGUCGCUAUACCCGCCGUCUGCAGCCGCUGCGUCAAGUGCGUUGCGGCCGUAUUGA